UGUAGAUCGUGAUAGACGCAGGCACAGGAGCCGUUCACGCUCUCGCGAUAGGCGUCGCUCACGUUCCCGUGAUCGCGAUCGUCGUGACCGCCGCGAUGAGCGUGGCAUGGCCAAUAUACCCGGCGCCAGUAGUGGUCCCCGCGGCAGGGGCAACACAAAGCGUCGCAAGCCCUCAUUGUAUUGGGAUGUGCCACCACCAGGAUUCGAACAUAUUACACCGCUGCAAUACAAGGCCAUGCAAGCAUCCGGACAAAUUCCCGCCAAUACUGUACCCGAUAUUCCGCAAGCCGCUGUGCCGGUUGUCGGUUCGACCAUUACAAGGCAAGCUCGUCGUUUGUAUGUCGGCAAUAUACCGUUCGGUGUUACCGAAGAAGAAAUGAUGGAAUUUUUUAAUCAACAAAUGCAUUUGACCGGUUUGGCACAGGCUGACGGCAAUCCGGUGUUGGCUUGUCAAAUAAAUUUGGACAAAAAUUUUGCAUUCCUUGAAUUCCGCUCAACCGAUGAGACAACACAGGCCAUGGCAUUUGAUGGAAUUAACUUUAAGGGGCAAAGUUUGAAGAUACGUCGACCGCAUGAUUACCAACCGAUGCCGGGUGUUGUUGAUGCCUCACCCAUGCCACAGCCAGUUUCAAAUGGUGUUAUUUCCACAGUGGUUCCAGAUUCUCCGCAUAAAAUAUUUAUUGGUGGUUUACCAAAUUAUCUGAACGAGGAACAGGUUAAAGAGCUGCUCUUGUCAUUUGGCCAACUAAGGGCCUUUAAUUUGGUUAAGGACACUGGCACCGGUUUGAGCAAGGGUUAUGCUUUUACCGAAUAUGUUGAUCACACCAUAACAGAUCAGGCCAUUGCCGGUCUAAAUGGUAUGCAAUUGGGCGAUAAAAAGCUCAUUGUACAGCGUGCCAGUGUAGGAGCCAAAAAUGCCCAAAACAAUUCAGCAACAGCAGCUCCAGUUACCAUUCAAGUACCCGGUCUGGCAAUGUUGGGUAUUUCUGGUCCACCCACCGAAGUUUUGUGUCUUCUCAAUAUGGUUACACCCGAUGAAUUGCGUGACGAGGAGGAAUAUGAGGAUAUCCUGGAGGACAUCAAGGAGGAAUGUAAUAAAUACGGUGUUGUGCGUAGUGUUGAAAUACCACGACCCAUAGAGGGUGUCGAUGUACCCGGGUGUGGUAAAGUGUUUGUCGAAUUCAAUUCGGUUAUGGAUUGUCAAAAGGCCCAGCAGGCAUUGACGGGACGUAAAUUCAGCGAUCGUGUUGUUGUCACAUCAUACUUUGACCCAGAUAAGUAUCAUCGUCGUGAAUUCUAAACAAAUAAAAAA